UUUUCUCCGUUCGCCGUGACUUGUGACGAGCGCUCUCGUGCGAAAGUGUGAAAACGCCGCAGUGGCUGCGCAGGGCACUUUCCCCGCUGAACGCACACGGUUUUCACCAUAAUGUUGGAAAAGCACAAGCGCGCGGUGGUGUAAAGGAGCGCGCGAUGUGGUGCCACGCGCCGCGUUCUAGCGCCUCAUAAAUCGGCUGUGAAGCGCGCGCGCCUCGCGCGGCUCUUCGGGAGGAAACCCCGCGCUGCUGGAGAUGGAGCUCCACGCAACAGUCGGCAAGUAGCUGUGCGGGGAAACUCGAGGCCCUGCUGGGAGCUGAAGAAGCGGAGAAGAUCAGAAGGGCGAGGCUCCGCCGUCGGCUUCCUGACACGGAUCCAGCGGCGCUCUGAUUUCCCCCUCAGGGAUCAGUGCGCGCUCCCGCGUCCGCGUGAACUCGCCUCCACCGUCCUCGGGACUCUCCUGUCUACUCGUCACCGCUCCGAUCGGCUGGGGACGGGGUUCAUCUCGGGGCAUGCGCCCGCGCUCGCAACCGUAACCGCGCGCACGUCCUGCCGCUCAGUGCCGCCAACGACCAAGUCUCGCGUAGGUAAGGAAGAACUGUGGGACAGACGGACGGACGGACGUACGGUUAGAGCUUGGCGCGCGUGCAACAGAACAGGGAAGCCUGGAGAAGGAGGGGGCGCGAAGACCACCUUACGUACGGGCUGACAGGAGAUGUGACCCCGCUUUUCGAGCUGCGUGCAAAGGUGUUCUACAGAAGUGUCUGUCCGGUCAAGUCUGGAGUUUGAUUGAAAUUUCAGGAGGAUCCAAGGUGCACAGGUGUCAGCAGAGGACAUGAGAAUGAUGUCAAGGCCCUGACUCCCAGCAGUAUGUCAGGGUACAUACCAAGUUACCUGGACAAGGACGAGCUGUGCGUGGUUUGUGGGGACAAAGCGACGGGCUAUCACUACCGCUGCAUCACCUGCGAGGGCUGCAAGGGAUUUUUCCGGAGAACAAUCCAGAAAAACCUCAACCCUACAUACGCCUGUAAGUACGAGGCAAAGUGUGUCAUCGACAAGGUCACAAGGAACCAGUGCCAAGAAUGCCGCUUCAAGAAAUGCAUUGCAGUUGGCAUGGCAACAGACUUGGUGCUGGACGACAGCAAGCGUCUGGCCAAGAGGAAGCUUAUCGAGGAAAAUCGGGAGAGGCGACGACGGGAAGAGCUGCAAAAGUCUGUGUGGGAAAAGCCUGAGCCCACGCAGGAGGAGUGGGAGCUGAUCCGUGUGGUCACUGAGGCCCACAUGGCCACCAAUGCCCAAGGCAAUCACUGGAAGCAGAAGCGCAAAUUUCUGGUGGAGGAAGCAAUGCUACUUAAUGAAAUAACAUGUAAUUUAUUCUAUACUUCUGACCAGAGUGCAGUGGGGGUGAAGGAGUCCAAGCCCGAGGACAUUGGUCAAGCACCUGUCGUCAACGCACCCGAGGGGAGCAAGGUGGAUAUAGAAGCCUUCAGUCAGUUUACAAAAAUUAUCACCCCUGCCAUCACCAGAGUGGUGGACUUUGCCAAAAAGCUACCCAUGUUCUGCGAGCUGCCUUGUGAAGACCAGAUCAUCCUGCUGAAGGGCUGCUGCAUGGAGAUCAUGUCGCUGCGGGCAGCUGUGCGCUAUGACCCCGAGAGCGAGACACUCACCCUCAACGGCGAGAUGGCCGUCACCCGCGGCCAGCUGAAGAACGGCGGCCUGGGAGUCGUGUCCGAUGCCAUCUUUGACCUAGGUGUGUCCCUGUCCUCUUUUGGCUUGGACGACUCGGAAGUGGCUCUGCUCCAGGCCGUCAUCCUCCUGUCCUCAGAUCGCCCGGGGCUCACCAGUGUGGAGCGGAUCGAGCGCUGCCAAGAGGAGUUCCUCCUCGCCUUCGAACACUACAUCAACUAUCGGAAACACAAGGUGGCGCACUUCUGGCCCAAGCUGCUGAUGAAGGUGACGGACCUGCGCAUGAUCGGGGCCUGCCAUGCCAGCCGCUUCCUGCACAUGAAGGUGGAGUGUCCCACUGAACUGUUCCCCCCUCUCUUCCUUGAGGUGUUUGAGGAUUGAGAGCAAGCCCUCACAUGUGGAACUCUUGUAGCACUACUGAGUGUCAUUUCAUUCCAUAGCUUAGGAGUAGCUUCGGCCUAGUUCUGGAUGGAACCAUUCCUACGAUGCGGGUACAUGUGAAUAGCAUAUAUAUAUUUUUUGUAUACUUCUCUUCUGAGUUACAAUGUGUUCUUGUCGUUUUUCGUGAAAUUUUUUUUUCCCCUAGUAAUUUUUGUCAGCGCUUGAUCACACAAACUGUCAUUAUAGGGUACUGUAUAACGGAAAUCUUUCUCCAAUAUCAAUUAAGCCUGAUCAGUUCUGUUGAGGCAAAAACACACCAAUUCACUCAUGCACCCACAUUUUGUCUUUUUUUCCUUCCACAGAAACAAAACAGCUACAUAUUAAUCAGUGAAACUGAAAUGAGUUUUACAGUACAUCUAAUGAACUUAUAAGCUUUAAUUUAGUUGCAUAGUAGAAAUAUUGCUGGCGGAGAAAGAAACUUCUUAGCAUUGCCGUUCAGUGUUUGCAGCAGAAGCACACGUGCAUGCACAAGUUCCUACACGACAGCAAUGGAGAGAACAGAUGUCCAGAGGACAUGCAGCAGAAGUGUCCGGUGCUCUUCUUUACACCAGAGCGGGAGAUGUUUUGCGAUCUCUGCGUUCUGCUUUCCCAACGGCUGCAUCUUGACCAGUAAUGCGGUCAGCGGUGUAAGGAAAGGCGGUCGACUGUCUGUCUGCUUCAUUUACAAGAUGCCACUAAUCUGGUGCCAAACAGUUGGAGGCUCGCACAUUGUGAGUCGAGACCAGUGUGUUCACGCGUCCACGAAGUGUGGCCCAGCUCGCUGUCCACGUGCGAUGCAGCCGGCCGUUCUUUUCGUCCCUCUUUGUGUUCCGUGUCCGUACACAUCUCUAGGCAAGGCAGCGUAGUGACGUCGCACAUUUAUAGGAACUCUGAAUUCCGUGUGUCAUACUUUCUACGUGCAUAAGUUGUUAUGGCCGAGUCAGCGGAGGGGAUGCUCCUGCUGGGAUUGGCCGGUGCUUCGGACCGCUCGCUUCUCAGUUUCGCAGAGACCCCCAGCGAGGGUCUGUGGACAGGUAACAGGAAGCAACGAGGACAGCUGGGGCAGAGUGUAAAUCCAGCACUAGUUUAAGCAAAAUGUGAUACUGGCAGCCAGCGAGGUACAGUGAAUAAGCUUCUUCUGAUUGUUUAAGCUUUUUUUUUUAUUAAUUAAUAUUAUUAUUAUUAUUAUUAUUCAUUUGUCUUUGUGCUUUUGGAAAAAAAGGUUUGACUGGUAUCUUAAAGAAAUCACACAAAACACAGGAAAAGGUACACUUAUCAUAGUGCUGUGUCACCUCAUACAUUUCGGAGAAAAGACGACCUUGUCUGAGACAACAUAGCUAUAUAAGCUUCUCGCUCUUCAAAGCAGCUUUGGUUUUUUUUUUUUUUUCUCUUUCUUUCUGUAAAUGGAUGCCUUUUUAUAAGCAAUAGAUUUGCAGCAGUGUUGGAAUGACUGGGGUUUCUCACAGAACUGCACCGACUCCAGGAAAUGCACAGACAAUCAGUGAGCGCGCGGCACAGCCUCGCUCACCUCGCACCCAGCUCUUCAGGUGAGGAAAGGUGGUCGGGCGCAGAGACAAUGUUCCAUUGUCACGCAAAGAAUGUUCUUAUAUAUUCUGCACACGUAUUUUUAAAUACGCCAUUCUGGGAAGUAGCCUGAACAGCAGUGGUUAUCUGUUACUCAGUUAAAACAAAAACAAACCAUCAUAAAAUACUAUUUUACAGUAAAAAAAAAAAAAAAAAAGGAUAAAGGUUGUAUAUUUUCAAACUGCAGAUAUUUUUUACGGAUAUUAUAUGCAUAAAAUGAACAUUUACUGUUUUACACACAGGGCAAUCUCAGCAUUUUCUCAUAAUGACAACAAGAGUAGUAUGUUGUUGAAACUCAUUUACAACUGAUAAAUAACUAUAUAUGAUGUAACUAGCUGUUUCCAGUGUUACUUUCGCCAUUCCAAAAGGGAGGUUAGAAAGGGCAACUAAGGCUGGACUAUUUUAAUGACCACAUUUCGGUCAGUUGACAGUCAGGAGAAAAGCUGCAAAUUGGAGUAAAACGAUAUCCAUCCAGAUGCAAACCUUUCGGACGCCAACAACGAUGUUAAGAUCACUUAAGCCAAGCAACCCACCCGUAAAACCGUGAGACAGAGCAUUGUCAUGUGUACUUAGCUUCAUGUGUAGAAGGAAAAAACAUAGUACAUAGUACCACCCUCACGAAAAAAACCGACAGUGGGACUUUGGAGAUGCAUCCGCUGAAGGGGAACGAACGGUUUUUUUUCUAGUUGGUCGUGUUGCACACCAUUACUUUCUGGCACUUCCGUCAGCCGUGUCGUUGAAGAGAUGUGAACACUGCUGUGAUUUUGAUGUUCUGGUUGCGAAGACGAUGUUUAAAGUUGCACUAUUGAUGACGUUGGUGAUGAUAAUGAGGACCUUGUUUGCACUUAAUGUGAAUUGGCUCUGAAAAUAAAGACAGCUUGGAGACUCCCUAGAAUGUA